UGGGAUCCGAAGGUUGGAAUCCCCAGCCAUGGGCGCCGACUUGUUGGAACUUUGCGAAUCAAGCUUAACCGAGCGACCCCAUGGGCACAUUAGUCUGGGUCAUGACAAUCGAGUAUAAAGGUUCGUCAACCCACAGCUUGGCAUCUGAUCUUGUUCAUGUGACAUUAUCCACUCAUUCACCAAUUCCUUCUGUAUUUGCUAUACUUCCUUGGCUGGGCCAUUUCACUUCAUUGUAUUAUUCAUUUUACCAUAUCUGCUGGUCAAGUUACUAUUCUUCAAAGAGCCACUCAAUAAAACUCUCACUUGAAUCCAAAAUGAAGUUCUUAAACAUUCUCGUCCUCGCUGCUUCUGUCAGCGCAUUUUCCCUUGACGCCAGACACCACAAGGGCAAAGGUGGCAAGAAGACAGCCAAUGCCGCCCGAGCUAUUGAAACCGCCGAACGUGCAGUUGAGCACGUCGCACGAGAUGUCAUUGAUUUCGUAGCGCGCAGACUAGACCUCGAGGCGCGCCACCACAAGGGCCGAGCUGGCAAGUCUACCAAGGCCAACCAAGGUGCUGCUACGAACAGCACUGCCAGAGCUAUCGACACAGAGGCAAAUCUGGGAGUUCGUGACAUCGAAGCGCGCCAUCACAAGGGCAAAGGCGGCAACGCCAAGGCAAGCAAGAACGGUAACGGUAACGCCAACGCCAACAACACGGCCAGGACCGUUGACGCCCAAGAGCGUGCUGUGCCCGUCGAUCUCAAUCUAGAGGCUCGUGAUAUUGAGGCACGCCACCACAAAGGGAAGGGAGGCAAGGCCACCAAGGCCAACAAUGCUAGCAAGAACAGUAAUGUAAACAACAACGCCACCACUGCGCGAUCUGUUGAGCCGGAAACCGAGCCCCGGUCUGCUCCCGUUGCUCUGGAUAUCUUCCCUCGCGGCGUCGAGGCCCGCCACCACAAAGGAAAAGGAGGCAAGGCCGCUGCUGCCAACAAGGAUAACGGCAAUGGCAAUGCUGCGGCAAACACAACCGCGAGAGCCGUAGACACCGAGGGCAACGCACCAGUGGAUCUUAUUUCAAGGGCCUUCGUUGCAUAGAUUAGUUGUUUGGCUGGAGAGGACUUGGUUGGUAUUGUCUUUCUGAUAACGAGCAGCAUUGCCACUAUAGAGAUGACUUAGCACUUGUUUGAGAGUAUAGAGAGAUAAACUAGCGAUUUGAUGGG